GUUAAACAUUUAAUUAAUUCUUUGUGCUCAAUGAAACUGUUACUCAACAAGGUUAUUUUUUUUAUUUUUCAGAGCGAUGAGAAGAAUAAAAUUUUUAAACAAAAGAAGUGGGAGGUCACCAUGAGGGCCUUGGCGGAGCUGGCGUCCAGCAAACCUGCCAUCCCCAUGGUGACCUUGGUGGAGCUGCAGGAAAGUGCAAUUGAGCGAAAUGAUGACUCCGCUGCCUCCACCACUAUCUCCCCCUCCAUGUGCCAUCCCUGCCACACGUAAUGUCAGCCCCACAGUCACCUCCCCACCUGUCACCUUUUCCCUCAGCCCCACAGUCACCUCCCCACCUGCCACCUUUUCCCUCAGCCCCACAAUCACCUCCCCACCUGCCAACUUUUCCCUCAGCCGCACAGUCACCUCCCCACCUGCCACCUUUUCCUUCAGCCCCACUGUCACCUCCCCCCCUGCCACCUCAACUAGCCCUGAUUUCCACAUGUCUUUCUCCCCCUUCCCCGAAUUCCUUCCCACCUUCCUUCCUCCUCCUCCAACCCCCCCCCCCCUUUAACCCACUCUUGAUGAAUUUGUCACCAUGUGACUAUUAUAUGGAGAGGACCCCCUCCCCUAUUACAAGGGAGGAGGCAGACCUAAUAGAGGAGCUGUUGGGAAUCACUUGUGAUGUGGGGAAACCGAAUGACGAGAUCGAGGAGCAACCACAACAAGACAUGGCGACAGAGAUCGCGAAUACUUUAGGUUUUAGUUUUUUAAAGGACCUAGAAUUUUAAUUUAAUUAAUUCAAUAAAAUGUAUUUUAAUCUGUGUUUUUUGA